AUGGCUUUGCAUCUGCUUUGUGACUCCAGAGAGACACCAGGGUUCGUCACCGCACCUGCUGCUUCUCGACUCACCUCGGAUGAAAUUAUUCAGAUGCGCAAUGAGCUCUUCACCAAAGAGAAGGAGCGGCAGCUAGCUCUGCAUCCACGCAUUGAGAAAAUUGAAGUGAAGUACGUCGGAAAAUCUCACCCCGGCACUGUUUUUGUAAUGAACAAAGCGCUGUCUACUCCGUACAACUGUGCCAUGCACUUAAGUGAAUGGCAUUGUAAGAAAUCGGUACUAGCUCUUGUGGAUGGCGAAGUCUGGGAUAUGUAUAGACCCUUGACCAAGCCAUGUGAAAUUCAGUUCCUUACUUUCAAAGAUCAAGAUCCAGAGGAAGUAAACAAGGCCUACUGGCGUUCCUGUGCCAUGAUCAUGGCAUGCGUGCUAAAGCGAGCUUUCAAAGAUGAAUACUCAGUGACUCUGAUUAAAAGUCCAGAAGUACCAGUGAUCUCUGGAGCUUUCUGCUAUGAUGUGACUUUAGACAGUAGACUCAAUGACUGGAAACCAACAAACGACGACUUCCGUUCUCUUACAAGGGAUGCCAAUAAGCUAAUUCAUAAAGACCUCCCAUUUGAAGCACUGCAUGUUGAAGCAAAAGUAGCAUGUGAAAUGUUUCAGCAUAACACAUACAAAAUGGAGAUGAUAAAACAGAAAGCUUUGCAGAACACUGAAGGAAUUGUAACAUUACAUAGGUUUGGAGAUUUCGUAGAUGUUAGCGAAGGCCCUCACAUUCCGAGGACAAGUUUUUGUUACCAGUAUGACAUAACAGCAGCCCAUAAUCUUCAGACUGACCAACCUGAGUUGAUAAGGAGGUUCCAGGGUGUAUCCCUGCCCAUUCAUUUAAAGGCUCACCAUACCGUGUGGCACAGAUUGCUGGAAAGGUCUAAGAGACUGGUCAGUGAAGAAAAAUGCGUAGAAGCAGAAGAAGGCAGUACUGAAGGCAGUGCAAAAGAUGCAGCUGAAGAUGAAAAAACUGUAUCAGUCUAA